AUGUACCAAGUAGAAGCCGGGUACCAGGAGCUGGCCCCUGGGGGGAAGCGGGAAGGGCCAUUCGAUCCGGCUGUCGUCCUGUCGUCCUGUCGGUCGGUCGGUCGGUCGGUCGCACUGCAGGAAGGCAUGGAAGGACCGGGAAAGAAGAAGAAGAAGCGGAGGAACAGGCGGAAAAGAAGAAGAUAUCGCUCCUGUAAGGGCGGGGCGAGGCGGGGCGGGGCGAGGCGGGGCGGGUAUAAGAUAAUCACCACAAUCAUCAUCCGCAUCAGCAUCAGCAUCAUCAUAAUCAUCACCAUCACCAUCAUCAUCAUCGCUCCAUAUGGCUCGGCCAUCCAUGGCUCAGCGGUCGGGGAUCAUGGGUUGGGGGGAUCGGCGUCAAUGACGAAAGGCAGCGUGGAUCCGGACGCGAUCCGGACGGGAUCCGGACGGGACGGGGAGACGUCAACGACGAGCGAGGAGCGUGGUGCCGCGGAUGGCUGCUUGGCAAUCCCCGAUAUCCGAUAUCUGGAGUCAGGAGGGCUCAGGGGGGACAAGUGCCGGGAGUCGGGAGUCUGGACGGACGACGCCGCCAGCCUUCUUAAAGCCAACCGGCUCUACGGUACUAAUAAAAUACCUGUGGCUUGGGUCCUGGGACCUGGGUGGAUCGUAUCUAGCUGGAUAGGAGCAUAG